UUCUUCUGGAUGUGGGACUUUACGAGGCGGGUCCUGGAAAUGAUUUGUCCGGCUCCUGUGUCAACACGGCGGGGCAGAUAACGGCAGAUAACCGGAACUUAAAUAACAGUUAAUUAAAAUAAUCUGUAGAUAAAAGCAGAGUAUUAGCGGGGCUGUAAAGUGACAGCAGAGAGGAGCAGGCUCCCGGGUUUGAGAGCCGCUCAUGCUGUUUAAAUCGGUAAACAUGAAUCCUGUUGAUCGGUGCUCGGUCCCGGCUGGCAGGCUUUUCUCUGCCCGGUGAAAAUGAGCGUCGCCUGGCUCUCUGGAGCAGGGCUCUCCCCCAAAGACUUGAUAUGAAAUCACGGACUCUCUGCUGGCUGUGGCCGCUCAGCCUCAGCCUGCCUCUGUUGUUCUGGUUCGGUCAUGUGAUCAGGCGGGACGGUGCGCCGCUGCCCGCCGCGCGAAGCACCGGGCUCAGGGGCUACAUGAGGAUCAGCCCCGGCAGGAAGGACCAGUUCCUGGACAUGCACUGCCCCCAGUGUGCCUUGGUGUCCAGCUCGGGCCAGAUGCUCGGAGCCGGCGUCGGCGAAGAGAUAGACAAGAUCGGAUGCGUGAUCCGAAUGAACAACGCACCGACGCGGGGGUAUGAGAAAGACGUCGGGAGCCGCACCACUCUUCGGGUUGUGUCUCACACCAGCGUUCCCCUGUUGGUGAAAAACGAACAAUACUAUUUCAGACAAUCAGCAGACACCACGUACGUGUUCUGGGGUCCCGAGAGGAACAUGAGGCAGGACGGGAAGGGACGGAUCUUCAACGUUCUCCUGAAAAUAGCCAAGAAGUAUCCGAAGGUCAAAAUCUACGCUGUGACCAAAGAGAAGAUUCAGUACUGUGACGGCGUCUUUCAGAAUGAAACGGGAAAAAACAGAAUGAAGACGGGGGCGUUUCUCAGUACCGGCUUCUUCACCAUGAUUCUGGCUCUGGACAUGUGCGACAGCAUCCGCGUUUAUGGAAUGAUCGACGAGAACUACUGCAGUCGAGCCAAUCACAGCGUCGUCCCUUACCACUACUACGAGAAGAACCGAGUCGACGAGUGCAGGAUGUACAGGGUCCACGAGCACACGCAGCGCGGCGGUCAUCGCUUCAUCACCGAGAAGUCCAUCUAUGCCAGGUGGGCGACAAGGCACAAGAUGGAGUUCAAACACCCAGCCUGGAGCCCGAGGGGAUGAAGAUAUUAAAUGUUCACGUACGCCGGCUUCUUUGCUGAAGAUUUUAGUGUCGCCUGAACAAAAACUACAAGUACGUGGUGUUGUUACUGCUGUGACUUUUUUUUUUUACCAACAGUUUUUCAAGAAGAAGAGAGCCACGUUUGAUACUGGCUCACCACCAUGAAUAUAAAGUCUUUUAGCUGGCUGUACCAACCUCAGUAUUACUGAAUACUUUAUGUGUAGCCAUAUAUCAGAUAAACAAUAUUAAGCCACUGAACAAAACACUACAACCAGUUUAUACCAAAGCUUACAGUGUUUAAUGUCUUUAUAUAUAUAUGUGCCUUGACUGAUUUCUUUUAUGCUGCGGCCCGGCCUGCAGCUGUAGUAUGCACCUUUUUAACUUUAUGAAACAAGAAGUGUCUUUAGGCCUGUAACCAACUCCUCAUUUAUUUUCUCAAUUAAUCAAUUAAUUCGUUCAUGCACAGAUCAAGUUGAUGUAGUUUUGUUGGUCCAAAUCAGCAUUUAAGAAGCAGGAACCCAAGAAUGAUUUAAAAAACGAUGAAUCGAGAAAUCAUUUCAGUUCCAGUAUUGUCCUUUCCUGCUCUCCUCGCCGUCAUUCAGUCAGUAUUUUGCCUCAAAAGCAUGACACUCCUCAAGAGUCAACCAGCGUCCGUGGACAAGCCUUCAGGCCAAGUCUUUGUUUUGUUUUUUUACUGCGGCUUCGAGGCUCAACUGUUCAUGCUCAGACAUCAAAUGCACGAUCUGUUCUUCAUGCUGUUAUUUUUUUGUUGUAAAACUGAAUCUUUAUACUGAUUAUUUGCCCCCCGACUGCAACCAGUUCCAGUGUUUUUAAAUGCUUCAAGUAGAUGUUUUACUAUUGCUCAUGUUAAUGUGUGCUGAGUGCCAUUUUAAGCCCCAAUCAGUGACAGUGUGGAUAUGUGAUAGAGACAGCAGCACAGUAUUAAAUGCAGCGAUGAGAGGCCUGCUGAUCUUUUAUCUGUGUUCGAGCGGAGGAAAUAAAAUAGGACCGAUAACAUAUCCACUUGUCUUUAGACAUCUGCUUUUCAAGUGUUUACCCUUUUUUUCUUUUUUUAAAUAUAUUUUUCUGCUUGUUUACGAUGAAAAACUAGCGCUGCCUUCUCUGUUGCUUCUCUCGUGACUAAUUCCAAAGACUAUAAUAGUAUUUGCACUACUGAGCAAACUACUGUGUCAAAAGUAUUUUACUCAACGUUUCAGACAUGGAUUGUUUGAAUUAAAAAUGUGUUGUUGUGAACUGGACAAAGUAAAAACUUGAAUGUAAACUUGAACCACUCGGUCGCUGCUGAUGGACGUCGACGUGAAUAAAUCUGCUGUCAAACGC